GACCACGUGUGUCGCUUUGUUGGCUGUGGCAGAAAUGAUCGCUUCAACUAUGUGGUGAUGGAACUUCAGGGGAGGAAUCUGGCAGAUCUACGCAGAACCAUGAGCCGCGGCACCUUUUCUAGCUCGACAACCUUGAGACUUGGCAAGCAGAUUUUAGAGGCCAUCGAGAGCAUCCAUUCUGUCGGCUUCUUGCACCGUGACAUUAAACCAUCUAACUUUGCUAUGGGAAGACUAGCCACUACCUGCAGAUGCUGCUACAUGCUUGACUUUGGUUUGGCCCGUCAGUUCACCAACUCCAGCCAGGAAGUCCGUCCACCUCGUCCUGUGGCAGGAUUUCGUGGAACUGUGCGUUAUGCAUCGAUUAAUGCUCAUAAGAAUAAGGAAAUGGGUCGCCAUGACGACCUGUGGUCCCUCUUCUACAUGCUGGUUGAAUUCAUGGUCGGUCAACUUCCAUGGAGGAAAAUCAAAGACAAAGAACAAGUAGGAAAUCUUAAAGAGACCUACGACCAUCAACUCAUGCUUAAGCACCUUCCCUCAGAGUUCAGUGCUUUCCUGGAGCAUAUCUUGACUUUGGACUAUUUCACUAAGCCAGACUAUCAACUUCUCACAUCAAUUUUUGACAACGCUAUGAAGAGCCACAACGUGCUGGAGAAUGACCCUUACGACUGGGAGAAAUGUGAUUCGGAGGAUAUGCUGACCAUCAAUGCCACAGCAACCACUGCUCAGCAGCUCACCCGUCUAACGCCAGCGUACAUGGGCAUGGCCAAUGCCUCAGUGCUGCCAGGCGAGCUGCAGCGGGAGAACACAGAGGAUGUCCUACAAGGGGAACGCCUCAGUGACGCUGACAACUGUCCCCCCAUCCCCACACCGACUACUCCUGGUGGAGACGUAUGGGAAGAGAUGGACCGGAACCGAAACCAUAAACAUGCCCAGCAGAUCAUCAGGAAGGUGGUGAGUGAAGACGAACACAGUCAGAACCAAGGGAACCAGAGUCCCAACACUGGCUCUGUACAGAGUUCUCCUCGACGGGUGCGAUCAGAAACCAUGUUCCUGGAUAGAGCGGCACCGCUUCUACGGAGGAUAAGACACAGUCAGAGCUUGGCGUUCGAAAAGAGGCUCGCACCCGAACCCAAGCCCACCAUUGAACGCUUCCUCGAGGCCUACCUCGGCAAACAGCGUCCAACCCUUUCUCAAGUUGGAGAGAAAUCUAUCCCUGAGCGGGCACACGGGCCGCAGACGCCUUCCUGCAACGAGGAACACUCUGGCACAGCGACCCCUGACCCAGAGGAGGGCGCAGCGAGCAGUGGCUUUGUGGCCGUGAACCUCAGUCCUGUGCCCCAAGAGGGAGACUCUCAAGAGUGGGUGAUGCUGGAGCUGGAGCAAGGCACUGGAAGCAGACCUUCAGCAGAAGCCCCGCAUGAGGACAAGCCAGUCGAGACUAAGAACCAGGAUGGCCAGUCCGCUGCAGUGCCGACCAGUCCCGUCCUGUCUCAGAUGGCCAUGCCUGGCACAUGGUUACUGGGCCACAGGAGGCUGCCAGGCAUGCUGGGACAAAUGCCCACAGUCAUCAUGGGAAGACAGAUGGACCAGUCCUCCAGCUGUGGGCCCCAGUCACCUGUACAGGAGAGGAGGGAUGCAAUACCAAUGGAGGCUCCAUCCAGUAAAUCCGACAGACUCCCAGAGGAAAUUUUAAAGGAUGGAGGGAGGUUGGAGUUAGCUCCAGUGCCAAGUCCAGCCAAAGGCCCCGCAGCUCAUCUGACCAACGACAGAGACCCAGAGAGUGACUCUGGUCUGCCCGAUCGCUCCUCAGAGCCCAAUCAGCAGCAGCAAGCUGACACUAUAGGGGGCGCUAUGGAGAGCACCGUCACAGUCUCCUCCUCACCACCCCCAGCUUUGUUCAGGCGAAGAGACUCCCCCUUGUCGCCAAAACUGAGCCGGAUCCCGGUACGAGACCCCGGCGCCCCCCUGGACUCUGCGAGCAGGGACCUCAACAUGGAGAGGCGUCAUCGCUGGAGCAGCCCGGUCCCCGGCUCCCCCACCCACUCACCCUCUCCGUCUCUGUCCUGCGACAACCUGCCCUGCGCUCUGCUCAGAGACAGGCUCUCGUCAGAACGAGCCUCGAGGUCCGACUGUGGAGGAGAAGACCCCCUCUCUCUGUCCUCUUCAUCAGGCAGUAAAAGUAAGAUUCCACGUCCGGUGAGCGCCACCUUCAUACCCGAGCAGCUCACAAGCAGAUUCCUGCCUCGGCCGCCUCCUGGAAAACCACCCAUCAGACCGUGUACGGACAACAGAAGACGGAGGUUAAGAGUGCGUGCCAGCAGCACCAGUGACGCAGACUUCCUCGCCAGCCUGACCCAGCUGAUGCAGGACCGCAGCGGGAUGCUCUUCAGCCCUCCUCCUCGCCCUCGCAGCUCCUCCUCCUCCCUGCAGCGCUCACUAAGCUCCUCUCCCUCCCGCCAGGAACCCCGUGAGGGCGGAGUACUGCAGGGGCGCAGCCGUUCUCCCUCCAGCUUGUCUGGAUCCCCACCUCCUCGGCACCUGCAAGACGGGUCCAGCGGGCAGCCUCAGUGGGGCCACAGCUCCAGGGGAAGGCGGCUGAUCCUCGAGACCAAAGGUUCUGGGAAAGUGAAUCGAUGACUGUGUUUGACUCAAAAAGACUGAUCAUGGAUCGUGCAGCUGUAGCGAGAGGCUUUCUCACAUCCGGUCACUGAGAGCAUGUGUAAAUACAGUAUUUACUCAAGAGGAAUGUACUGUAUUUAAUGUAAAAUGUAUGAUAAAUUGUAUUUAUUUAUUUAUUCAUUCUGUUGGUAGUGUCUCUUGAAAUACUUGACGAUGUUGCUUGAUACCUGCAGUUGAAAGAAAAAGGUGAAGAAAAGCUUGAGAUUGCCAACUCUUACCUCUCAUUUCACUCCUCUCCUCUCUGAACACUCCAUAUAGGCCUAAUAUGAGACCAAAAAGAUGUUUAAUAUAUGAGGGAUGUAAAAAUAAUGCUAACUGUAGAUAUGUACCAUUAGAAACCCUCAUAGAAACUGUAUACUCACUAUAAGAGCACUAAUAGUAACGAGAUCAGCAUUCAUGAAGAUGAUCAGGGCAUGCAGUCCCAUAUCGACCUCACUCCUGUAAAACUGAUCAGUUAUAAUAUGUAACAAUGAAUUUGCUCAUUCUGGCAUAUCACAGUGUUGUAGUGUGCUUUUACUUUGCUAGAAAAUAUUUGUCAUGCAGAAGACAUUGGCAUAAUAGAAUGUAAAUGUAAGUGCACACAUACUUAAGUAUUGUAAAAGUGCAUGAGCAUCAUGGCAAAUGAUUUGUUUUGUUCAUUUGUACAAUCGGUUAAAUUGUCUGUAUUUUUAUGGAACCGCUUCUGAUCAAAAUGCAAAGUUAUAACGUAGACCAACAACGGCGAUGUGCAUUUAAUUUCUCAUGGACACGACAAGAGACAAAAGCUGAUUAAAAAAGGAACAUUUUCAUCA